GCUUUUUGACAUACUAAAGAUGGCGCCUCCUAGCAAGCGGUCCAGGGCGGCCAAGAAGAGACAGGCUGACUUGAGGUCCACUGAGGUGCCGAGCAAGAGGUCCCCGGUGGCGCAGGUUGACUUGGUCUCCUGUGACGAGGUUGGGCGUCCUCGUAAAAAAGCCCACACACAGUCUUCGGACGCUAUACAGUCUUCGGACUGCCAGUUACAAUGCCAGUUACAAUGCCAGUUACAAUGCCAGUUACAGUCUUCGGACGCAAUACAAGCAAACUCUACCAACUCUCAAACAAACUCUACCAACUCUCUGAAUAUGUGCCAUGACAAUAAUGCUACUGAUUGUUGUUCUUUGAAUGAAUCUGUUGACUUCCCAGAGAGAUCUGUGCUGAUGGGGUCUUUUCAUCAAGGCCAUCUACGGUUUGGAAAUGUGCGCAACAAGCAGUGUGGUGCCAUCAGCUUGACUGCUGUUUUGAAGUCCAAGAUGAAGAACGUGUGGAGCUGGGAAACUGGAGAUCUUGAUGAUGUUUUGAUUAAGGGAACUGUUCUAUACAGGUCAAUGAGCGCACAGGGUAAAAUAAGAGACCAUGGAAGGGGUUACAUUGCUGUGUCUGAAUUACCUAGGCAAUAUGAAGUGUGGAAUUGUGAUUUUGCAAUAAACUUUGCUGAAUCUUACACUGGAUUUAUUCACGUUGAUGACUAUGACCAUGCUUUGCGUGAUGUUGCCAUGCCUUUUGAUGUAGCACUGCAGCGGGCACUGUUUGGCAAUGAUGCUUGCUUGUUAACCAUUUGUGCUAAUACAUGUGCUAUAGUGAAUGCAGGAGCAAGGUUUGCCUUUGUUGAUUCACAUGCAAACAGGAACGUCAACCAGAAAGGUGAGAGGACAAGUUGUGUUGCAUACUUCAGCUCUAUACACUCCCUGGUCACAUUUGUUUACGACUUUGCGCGAUCUUUUGGCAUAAGCACACCAAGGUUUGAGGUAACUGGAGUCACAGUAAUAACUAAUGCCAACGCCCAGAUGGACGAUUCAUCCAGCUGUUCAACGAGCUCUGCAAGUUGCCGUCCACUCUACAGCGAUGUGAAGCGUAAGCCUAAAGUGUGUGAACGAGUUGAAGUCAGCCGUGGUCCUGAAUAUGUAUGCUCAGUCUGUCAUCGUUUACUCUUCAGGAAGCAGGUGGUUGAGUGUAAACGACAUUGCUAUGAAAGCAAAGGAGCAGAAGUGGCUGCAAUGGCUAAUAGAUGCAUAACAUUGCAAUAUUUACAUGUGUGUGAUGUUGAAUGUGAACAGAAAUGUCAUCUGUCUGAUAGUCCAUCAAGCAAAUUAUGGAUUUGCCAUACAUGUCAUCGUAAAAUACUUGGAGGAAAACUUCCCGAAGAGAGUGUCACCAACAACAUGCAUUUGGAUGAUAUUCCACCAGAACUUAAAUGUCUGAACUCUUUGGAACAACAUCUCAUUGCACGUCACAUUCCCUUCAUGAAGCUGUUGUGUUUGCCUCGAGGCCGCCAGAGAGCUUGUCAUGGUCCUUGUGUCUCUGUACCUGUUAAUAACGCAAAUGUGACAAAUAUACUCCCAAGAAAUGAAUGUGAUGACAAGAUGAUAAGAGUGAAACUGAAACGCAAGUUGACAUAUAAAGGUCAUUAUGAGUACAGGUAUGUCCACACUGAUCGUGUCAGAAAUGCACUGAGGUAUUUGAUGGCAAACAAUAAAUGGUACGGUGAUGUGACUAUGAAUGACGAAUGGGUAAAUUCUCUGAAUGGCACUGACCAGCAUGAGGAAAGUACCAAACAAGAAACACCUGCUAACAGUGAUGAUGACAAUGUUCCUGAAGAGCAAGCAGAGGAAGAUGUGACUUAUAUCAAAGACCAGAAUGGGCUUUUGUCAGAUACAUCAUUACAACCUGUCGAUCUGGGUUCAGAGAUCAUUGAUCAGAAUUUUCAAGAUAUACUUAAUGUGGCACCAGGUGAAGGUAACAGUCCAGUGAGGUUGCUGUCCGAUAAAACCAACGAGGCAAAAUGUUUCCCUGUUUUGUAUCCAUCUGGUGGACCUACAUUCCAUGAUGAAAGAGAGUCCAAAAUAACUCUGUCACGGUAUCUAAAUACACGCAUUCUGAAUGCAGAUGGGCGUUUUGCACAGAACACAGACUUCAUUUUUUACGCACAAUACAUAUCAGAGGUGCAGCAAGUUGUAUCUGGUGUAUCAGUGGCAUUACGCAAAGGUGGCGGCAACUCCUCUCUGAAAGACGCAUCACCAGACAUGUUGUUGAACUCAGAGUCGUUGAGUAAAAUAUUGCGCAAUGACGAAGGAUACAAGUUCUUACGAGGAAUUCGUGGCACACCUCCAUACUGGAUGUCAGUUCAGAAAGAUUUAUUUGCCAUGAUAAGACAACUCUCCAUACCCACGUUCUUUGCAUCUUUUAGCUCUGCAGAUUUGAGAUGGCCUGAAAUGCUGAACUCUAUUCUAAGAAUAGAAGGUAAACAGACGUCUGUUGACGAUCUUGACUGGUCUGACAAAUGUGGACUCAUACGUCGAAACCCUGUGACAGCGGCAAGAAUGUUUGAUCACAGAUGGCAUUGCUUUCUCCGUGAUGUAAUCAUGUCGCCAGCAGAACCCAUAGGGAAAAUAAAGGACUACUUUUAUCGUGUUGAAUUUCAACAACGUGGUUCUCCUCAUGUCCACUGUCUUUUUUGGGUUGAAAAUGCUCCCAAGAUUGAUAAAGAGAGUGAUGAUGAAGUGGCACAGUUCAUAGAUACAUACAUCACCUGUGAAAUGCCACCAGAAACAGAUGCAGAGCUCUACGACAUUGUGAGCAGCGUACAGAGGCACAGCACAAGACACUCUAAGACUUGCCGCAAGAAAAACACAGUGUGCAGGUUCAAUUUCCCACGGCCACCAUCAAGCUGUACUUUCAUCACAAGAGGCGGUAACUGUGAGGACUUGAAUGGCAAUGAUGACAAUACAAGUGCUAGUGCCAUAAUAAAGAAUGUUAAAACUGCGUUGACCAUGCCUGACAUGAAUUUUGAUACAGCCGAUGCAUUUUUUGAGUCUCUUGGGAUAGAUCAAGGUUUAUUUGAAAAGGCCUACAACAUAUGUUCCAAAAAGAAAAGCAUUGUUCUAAAACGAAAUCCUGGAGACAUUUGGGUGAACCAGUACAACAAAGACUUACUCCGUGCUUGGCAAGGCAAUAUGGAUAUCCAGUAUGUCACAGAUGCCUUUUCAGUUGUGGUCUACAUACUGUCGUACAUCACAAAAGCAGAACAAGAAAUGGGUUUGCUCUUACAACGUGCCCAAGACGAGUCAAUGAAUGGCAACCUUGAUGCAAAAGCAGCAUUCAAACAGCUUGGAAGUGUAUACCUACACAACAGAGAAGUUUCAGCCCAAGAGGCAGUGUAUCGAUUAACACACAUGCACUUGAAAGAAUGCUCUCGUGACGUACAGUUCAUUCCAGUUGGUGAUAAUCCUGUUAGGAUGAGUUUACCUUUGCAUUUACUCCAAAGUAAAGCCCAAUUCCAACAGUGUAAUGACGAAAGCAGCAUUUGGAUGACCAAUGUGAUCGAGAGGUAUAAGAGCAGACCCCAGAAUGCACAAUUUGAGGAUUUAUGUCUGGCCAGUUUUUGUUCUGAAUACAGAGUUCUAUCAAAGUCACAGGUUCCAACUGAAAGAGAUUCACAUGACAUAAUACAGCUGAACAAUAACUGCGGAUUUGUGAAACGAAGGACCCGAACUGAACCUGCUGUUGUGAGGUAUCCCAGAUUUUCUCCCACAAAAAACCCCGAAAAGUACUUCCAUUCUUUGCUGCAACUGUUUCUGCCUUACUAUGAAGACUGUCACCUCAAACCGCCCCAGUUUGAUACAUAUGAACAUUUCUAUAAAAAUGGUGCAGUGAAAUGUGGUGUUGAUGUUCAAAGAGUGCAGUUGAUUGUGGAUACCAACAAAGCUUUAUUUGAAAAAGAAAGUGAUGAGAUUGACAGAGCUAAACAGUUGCUGGAAGACAAAAUUGAUUUAGAAGAUGCCUGGGCUCAGAUAUGUCCUGAAACAGAAAGGGAACGUCUUCGUUGUCUGGAUCUGAUGAAAGAAAAAGUUGUAGAUGAUGAAGGUGAUGAUGAUGACAAACUCAUUCCUGACCUGACAGCAAACCCACAGACUACAUGCACUUUGGAAACAAAUCAUGUGUCAAUGCCCAGACAAGAUGCAUUGCAUUUAUUACGAUCAUUAAAUGAAGAACAGUCUGCCAUAUUCUAUGCUGUUCGUAAGUGGUGUUUGCAGAAACUGUUUGGACAAAAUCCUGAACCGUUGCAAUUAUUCAUUACUGGUGGAGCAGGAACGGGGAAAAGCCAUUUAAUCAAAGCGAUACAUUACGAAUCUACAAGGCUGUUGUCACAGAUUGCUGAAAAUCCUGAGGAUGUCACUGUGCUUCUAACAGCACCUACAGGAGUGGCUGCAUAUAACAUUGGUGCUGCAACAAUUCACAAUACAUUCUCCAUUGGUGCAAAUGUCAAACUGCCAUAUCAACCACUAGGUGAUGAGAAAGUCAAUUCUUUGCGAACCAAAAUGGGCAGCUUGCAAAUUCUGAUCAUUGAUGAAGUGUCCAUGGUUGACCACCGUCUUUUGGCCUACAUUCAUGGUAGAUUGCGUCAAAUCAAGCAGACUGGUGAUUAUUCCUUGUUUGCAAAAGUUUCCCUGAUUUGUGUGGGUGAUUUUUUCCAACUCAAGCCCGUGAAAGGCACGCCUCUUUUUGCUGAAAACAAAGGAGCCAACCUGUGGGACAACAACUUUGAGGUUGCAGAACUGACUAAAGUUGUUAGACAAGAAAAUGCAGCAUUUGCGGAAAUGCUUAAUCGUCUCAGAGUCCGUAAAAAGAACGAACCUCUUGCCGAUUGUGAUGUUCUCACACUGAGGCAGCGUGAAACUGGUGAGGAAUCUACAGACAUUCAUGUGUAUGCUACAAAUGCGGAGGUUGAUGAAUAUAACGUGAAGAGACUGCAAGAGAUUUGCCCAGACGCAAUCAGCAUACGUGCUCAAGACUUUGUCCGAAAUCCCAAAACUGGAAGAAUGGAACGGAAAGUUGGCUUUCACACAAAAGUUUUCAACUCUUGCUUGCCUAAAUGUGUUUCGUUGGGUGUUGGAGCAAGGGUCAUGUUGAAGAAAAACAUAGAUGUGUCUGAUGGCCUUGUCAACGGAGCAUGUGGAACAGUCGUGGAAAUCAUUCAAAGUCAACAAGACGAUGACAUGCCUGCAGCUAUCCAUGUGGAGUUUGAAGACCCUAAUGUAGGAAAGAUCCAGAGGUCAAAAGCAAAAAGGGGUUCCGAACGUUCAACGAUAGUGGAAGUGCAAGAGGAACAAGUGGCUAAUAAUGGUGGUGUACGAAGGCAACUGCCGAUUAGCCUGGCCUGGUCAGUAACUGUACAUAAAUGUCAAGGGCUUACUGUUGAAAGGGCUGUUGUAUCACUCAAGAAGAUCUUUGCUCCAGGGCAAGCAUAUGUUGCGUUGAGUCGCGUGAGAACUCUUGGUGGGCUGAUAAUUGAGGACUUCAAAGAAUCUGCCAUAUUUUGUGAUAACAAAGUAGAUUUGGCUAUGAAAAGCUUGCCUGAGUUUAACUUUGGAAUGUCUGUUUCAUCCAACAUUAACCCUGUGUGCACAAGACAUGGCUCAAUGUAG